AUGAAGUUUCUAUGCCUCCCAGGAGGCUAUUGCAGCGCCAAGGCUCUCCAAACACAGCUAGGCCCGUUCGCGGAUGCCCUCGAGUCCAAUGGAAAUGCCAGCUUUCGAUACACUCAGGGAGCCACCGAGGUGCAUGUUCCCCCAGAAUUCGCCGGAUUUUUCGGUCCACCACCCAACUAUACCUUCAUCAGGGUCGAUGGACCCGAACGGGUCCACGCGAAUAUGAGUGACUUCCCGAAACGCGACACCCCAGAAGAGGCAAUCAAAGCCGCCGCAAAGGCGGCAGAUGAUCCCACAUUCUCGUGUAUCGUCGAGGUCGUGGACAGUCUGGUUGCCAUUCUUGACAAUGAACACGACAUUGAGGGUGUGAUUGGCUUCUCUGAGGGCGCCCAAGUUGGCGCGUCCCUUAUUCUCGAGGAACAAAGAAGAGAGAGCGAACUUGGUCGGAGGCCUCGAAUUAAAUACGCGAUUUUUUUCAGUGGAUGGCCACCAGUGCAUCCAGUAACAGGCCAGCUUCUUACGGCUGACGACUACGAUGAAGAACCAAUCACUAUUCCCACCUUCCAUGUUGUUGGUGCGUCGGAUCCGUUCCUUGAUGGGUCAAUGGCACUGUACAAUAUGUGCGAUCCAGACAGUGCUGAUCUGUUUGAUCAUGGCGCGGGGCAUUUAAUUCCAAGAAACAAGCAGACUGCUGAGGAGAUUGCUCUAGUUGCACGCGAGAUGAUCAACUGUAUCGCUUGA